AAAUUCAUGUUUCCCGGUCGGCGUCUCCAGAACUACUUCAUGUGCAUUAAUAAUCCACUUCUACGACAUUUUCGCGGUGCAUUCCGCCCAUGUAGCGGCACUUGCGAUUGGUUUAGAUUAAUGCCGAGUCCAAUCAGCGUCCCUCUUUUAUCUUUCUGUGGUAUGUCGUCUCCGCCCCCUUGUCUGAAACUGGAAUUGACAGUCCGAGAGGAGAAAGAGGAGGUGGAGUAGGAGGCGCAGGGAGAGGUCCGUUUCUCUCCAAUAAACCACUGAGUAAGAGACUGUCAGAGUGAAACCAAGAAGCAACAACCAAACCAAAGCCCUAGUAACGAGCGCGUGGAUUAAAGUCAACAUUGUUUUCUAGUUCUCUGUUGGAUCUAUCGGCCUUUGAAACGUUGAAGUCGCGGGAUCAUGAGAGAAAUUUAAUUCUUCCCAUCAGGUUUCGUCCAGGGUUUAUCAGAGCUGCUCUGGCCUCUGUCUGUCAGCUCCAGCCAAUCUGGCCGUUCUCCUGCAGCCUCUCCCUCCCUCUGCAGUACUGCUGCCCCCUGAAUUGAUUUCUGCAAAACAUAUGGUAACAAAACAAUGGCUGCCUUGUUUACUGAGCUACCCUCCUAGAUCUUCUUGAUACAGACAAGGAAAUAAAAAAAACUCUCACUGGAGUACACACAAACACACACAUUUUUGAGGUUUGGUGUGUGUUUGUGUGUCAGAGUGGGAUGACAACCUCCCAUCUGAAUGGUCAUGUUGCUGGUGAAGGAGGAGGAGGAGACGAAGAGCUGAGGGGAGGACAGCAGCAGCACAGGGAAAUGGCUGUUGAUUGUCCAGGAGAGCUGGGCAGUCGGAUGCUACCAGUCCGCCGGUCUGCACAGCUGGAAAGAAUACGACAACAUCAGGAGGACUUGCGACGUAGAAGGGAGGAAGAAGGUCGGCAGCUGGACCUGAAUGCUUCACUCAGACUCAGGAAACUCUCCCAAAAUCCCCACAUUGGCAUUGACAACCCGACAUUCCUGGAAGAUGCAUACACAGCACAGCAGUCAUCGCUCAGUAGCCAGCACACACUCUUGGAGUUGGAGGAGUUGCUGCUCUUGUUGAAGCAGGUUCGAGGCUGCUUGUCUGACCAGCAGAGUCAGAAUGACAUAGAGCUGGUACUUGCACUACUUCACAAGUCUGAUUUCCAGUCAGCACUGAAAAUUCAUAAUGCUGUGGUCAGCAGCAUGCACCGACCCUCUCCUCCGUACCCACACACUCACCAGGCACUUCCGCUGGCCAUGGAGGUCAGGAAUCUCAUCCAGUCAAGUCAGAACAAAGAGGGACUCGAACUACACUCCCUGCUGUCCGACAUCAACCUUCAGUCGCUGUUGUUGACUCAUGACAACAUAGCAGAGAAGGAAAUGCAGCCUGAAACACUGCCUGCACAAGGAGAAACACUCACCCAGUGGGGAGGAGAGACUGUCAAGAUUGUUCGCAUAGAAAAGGCCAGAGAUGUUCCACUGGGAGCGACUGUGCGUAAUGAAAUGGACAGUGUCGUCAUAAGUCGUAUUGUUCGAGGCGGAGCAGCAGAACAGAGUGGUCUGUUAUCAGAAGGGGAUGAAAUCUUAGAGAUCAACGGCAUCGAAAUCAGAGGAAAAGAUGUCAAUCAGGUCUUUGAUAUUCUGGCCGACAUGCACGGCCUACUAACCUUUGUGCUGAUUCCAAGCAAUCAGAGCAGACCUCUUGUCAAAGAGACUGUGAUCCAUGUGAAGGCCCACUUUGACUAUGACCCCUCCGACGACCCUUACGUACCAUGUAGAGAGCUCGGCCUGUCCUUCCAAAAAGGAGACAUCCUGCACAUAAUCAGUCAGUCGGACCCUAACUGGUGGCAGGCUUACAGAGACGGAGAUGAGGAUAACCAGCCACUGGCUGGACUGGUGCCAGGCAAGAACUUUCAGCAGCAAAGAGAAGCCAUGAAACAGACCAUAGAAGAAGACAAGGAGCCUGAGAAGCCUGGAAAGCUGUGGUGUGCAAAGAAAAAUAAGCGGAAAAGAAAAAAGCUGUUGUACAACACUCACAAGAACGACGAUUUCGAUGAGGAAAUUCUCACCUAUGAGGAGAUGGCUCUCUACCACCAGCCGGCCAAUAGAAAGAGGCCGAUUGCACUCAUUGGUCCCAGUGGCUGUGGACAGGGUGAACUAAGGCAAAGACUUCUCAACAACCAACCAGAACGCUUCGCUGUGGCUGUACCUCACACCACACGAAGUCGUCGUGAAGGUGAGACGAGUGGUCGUGACUACCACUUUGUGUCCCGGCAGACUUUUGAAGCUGAAUUAUCAGCAGGAAAGCUGAUUGAAUCUGGGGACUUUGAGAAGAACCUGUAUGGGACCAGCACAGACUCAGUGAGGCAGGUCAUCAACACUGGAAAAAUCUGCGUGCUCUGUCUGCACACACAGGCCCUAAAGGUGCUGAGGAGUUCAGACCUGAAGCCUUACAUCAUCUUUGUAGCUCCGCCCUCCCAGGAAAGACUGCGAGCCCUGUUGGCUAAAGAGAACAAGAACCCAAAGCCCGAGGAGCUACGGGACAUCAUAGAAAAAGCACGGGAGAUGGAGCAGAGCUGCGGUCACCUGUUUGACGCCGUCAUCGUCAACAUUGACCAGGACAAAGCUUACAAUGAGCUGCUACGAUUUAUCAACAAACUGGACACUGAACCUCAGUGGGUGCCCUGCUCCUGGCUGCGCUGAAAACACACACACACACACACACACACACACACACAGCCCGUGGAGCCUGCUUCUCUGUAAAAUCAACUGGACCCUGAUUCACUUUUACACGCUCUGCUAAUUAGUCAGAAUGUUAGGGUUGAUGUUAGCUGAAGGUGACUAUUUUUGAGAAUAAAGUUGAAUAUUGGAAUAUUUAAAUUUAAUUUUUAAUAUUAUGCUGCAGUAUUAAUGUACUAUGAGAUCAAGUGUCACAAUCAAAAACACAGUAAUAUCACCUACUUUAACUAUUGUAGGUUAAAGUUUCAAUGUCACUGAAAUAAAUACAUGUAAAACAUAGUAAUUUAUUUAGUUAGAAAAACAACGAGCAUUUAAUGUGAAAACAACCCCAUUAUAGGAUGUACUGUAGCUUUAAAACAUUAAAAUCACAGACAUGUUUCUCUUACAGGCUGAAGGUUUUUUUAUUCUGUCUUUAACACGGGGCAUGAAUUUGUCCACGAACCAGAACAUUUAGUUUUACUUUAGUCAGGAUUUAAGAAUUGAACCUCUUGGAAAACAUGUUGUUUGUUUCUUUUAUUGAUCAGAAAGUUGUGAGUUUUACAUCAACAGUCUAAUCUGAAGAGGUUACAGUCCAGGCACUAAUAUAUCACAGUUAGCCUUCAGUCAAUGUUAAUAAAUAUGCGACAGAAAAAUACAGUUCCAAAAGCAGGAACUUUCUCCUCAGACCAACUGCAGAAUUGUGUCACAUUU